ACACGUCUGCCCCGCCCCCAACCCCCGUAGCUCACACCCAAGUCUGCACUUUUCACAACCCGCUGAUUUACCCUGUCCUCCAGCACGGUUAGCACCAUGGUACACCGGUUUAGCCUGAGGAAGAGGCGCUGCAGUAUCAAGGCCGAGCAGGUGGAAGUGGUCAGCUUGGCGGCGUCGCCCAGCCCGAUCAACCUCAGCCUGGACGAGAGCCUCAACGCGGUGGCGUCCGAACAGCAAGAGGCGGCGGCCAUCUUGGAGAGGCUGAAGGCGGAGCAGGCCCUGCUGCAGCAGAAGGUGCUGAAAAUCACCGAGGAACUGCGCGUGAAGCAGGCCAGCCGCAGCGCCAACGUCUCCGAGUACCUGCACCUCAUCUCCCACACCGACCAGGCCCAAGCCUUCCGCCUCAAAAAGGCCUUCGAGAAGAAGAACCAGUACCUGUCCUCCAUCAUCGGCGAGCUCCAGCGGAGGCUGGAAAGCUACAUCAGGCGGCAGCAGCAGCUGGACAGGGAGGUGGGCCACCUGCAGGAGAAGGACCCCACGCUCCAGAGGCUCCAGGGGGCGAGGAGCGGCUACCCGCAGGAGGAGGCCCGGCCCGAGUCCCCACUCCUCAGCGAAGCCAGCACGACUCGGCCCAACGGCCUGCUUCAAUCAGAGUUGGAGGCGCAAGGCCUCAGCCAUUUGUCCAGGGAGGCCCAAGGCUCGUUUAGCUCCCCGUAUCACAACAUCAAUCAGCCACAAACAUCAGGAAUGCCGCAUGAUGCCUACUCUGUGAUAACAAGCUUCUCGGAGGACUUACACGACUUAAUGGGACUUAACUUCGGCGUUAAAACAUCCAGGAUCAGCUCCCUGGAGAGGCAACACAUCGGCUAUCUGUCCAUACUGGAGGAGCUGACCGAGAUCAAGGAAACCCAACUAAAUUUAGACCUAAGCUUUAAGAACAUUGCGGAGCAAUACAGUCAGCAUUACACAGCCUUUGAAGAGUCCCUACAAGAGGAGAAAUAUAGGUCCAACCAACUGCAGGCCCAGAUGAACGACCUGAUAGACCUUCACCAGAACGAGGUCCAGAAUCUGAAGAGUGAGCUGGCCAGCUUGGAGGAGAAAAUCGCCUACCAGUCAUACGAGAGCAGCAGGGACAUCUGGGAGGUGCUGGAGAGCUUCCAGAGCAAAAUGACCAGGCUGGAGCAGCAGCAGCAGCAGGGAGAGAUCCUGGACCACGUCAACACGAGGGAGCUGCUGGGGAAGUCCAUGAACCUGCUGCUCAUCAUGUUUGCCGUCGUCCUGAUGCUGAUGUCCACCGUGUCGGCCAUCAUCCUCCCCUUCAUUAAGACCCGGGCGAGGACAGUCAGCACCUGCGUGGCUGUCGUGCUGCUGAUUCUGAUGUGGCACAACUGGGAGUUCAUCACCGCCUUUUCCCCCAGGCGGCUGGUGUUCCGCUGGCGCUAGCACCGCGUGCCGGGGGCGUGGGGUGGUUGUGGUAAGGGCUCGCCGCUCCCCACCCCUUCCCCACACCCAGCUGACCAGAUUAAACGGUAGAGCUAGGGAGAGCCGGCCAACUGUACAGCACGGAAUCGCGUUGUUAGCCACCAGCUCCAAAGGAGGCCAUUCAGCCCGUCCGGUCUGUGCUGGCUGGGAAAAGACCCACCCAUCUCUAAUCCACCCUUCCAGCUCUUGUUCCGAAGAUAUGCACUUGCCCACGUACGUCUUCCACGUAAUGGUGGCUCCUGCCUCCAACCACCCCAUCGGGCAGUGAGUUCCAGAUCCCCGAGAGCGUUGUGUCAACUCGACACUUUUCCAUCUGGUUGAAGAGAUUGCUCCAUAUCUUUCUCCCAAUUACUUCAUGUUCCCUGGUCUACUGACCCCUCUGGCCAAAAGGCAAGAGGAUCCUUCCUGUCCACUCUUUUCAGACGCCCUUCAGAACGAUUCAGGCCCCAGCUGAAGCUCCCAAGAAACCGAAGCCUCAGCCUCGCCAAUCUUUCCUCGUCACUGGAGUUCUCCAUUCCUGGCAACGUACUCAUAAAUCUCCUCUGUGCUCUCUCUCUCUCACCCUCGAGUGCGAUCACAAUCUGCCCUUGUAAUGCAGCAACCAGAAACGGAUAGAGCACUCUAGCUGCCGCCCGACAAUCGUUUGCACAGUUCUUAGCGUAGCCUCUCUGCAUUCUCGGUCUCAGCUUAUAAAGGAAAGUAAUUCAAUUCCUUCCCAACGAUCUCAUCUCCCCCUCCUGCCACCUUCAGGGAUCUCUGGGCGUUCACUCCAAGGCCUCUCUGCUCCUCCGCACUUGUCACAAUCUCCUAAUUUGUUGUCCGUCUCCUGGCCUCGCUUGCCCUCCCCAGCUGUAUCGCCCCCACACCCCACAGAUUGAAUUCAACUCGACACUUGUCCACUCCCUACCCGUGACCGGCUCAUCGAUGCAGCCUACAGCAACCUCAUAGAAACAUAGAAAAUAGCAGUAGGAGGUCAUUCAGCCCUUCGAGCCUGCUCCUCUGUUCAAUAUGAUCAUAGCUGAUCCUCUACCUCAACACCAUACUCUUGCGCUCUCCUCAUACCUGACACCUUUAGAGUCCAGAAGUCUAUCUUUUUCCUUCAGUGACUUGGCCUCCAUAGCCUGCUGUGGUAGAGAACGCCACAGGUUCACCACCCUCUGAGUGAUGAAGUUUCUCCUCAUCUCAGUCCUAAAUGGUCUACCCCGUAUCCUGAGAUUGUGACCCCUUCUUCGGGACCCCCUCCCACAGCCCAGAGGAAACAUCAUCCCUGCAUCCGGUCUGUCCAUCCUUAUCAGAAUUUUAUGUGUUUCAGUGAGAUCCCCUCUCAUUCUCCUAAACUGUAGUGAAUACAGGGCCUAGUCGGUCCAAUCUCUCCUCAGACGACAAUCCCGCCAUUGCAGGAAUCAGUCUGGUGAACCUUCGCUGCGCUCCCUCUAUGGCAAGUGUAUCCUUUCUUAGCUAAGGGGACCAAAACUGUGCGCAAUACUCCGGGUGUGGUCUCACCAAGGCCCUGUACAACUGCAGUAAGACAGCCUUGCUCCUGUACUCAAGUCCUCUCGCAAUGAAGUCCAACUUACCUCUUAGAGCGCCUGCAUGAGUGCUUUCAGUGUACAAGGGCACCCAGGUCCCUUUGGGAAACGUUGAUGUACAAUCUAUCACAUUCAAAGAAUACUCCGCCGAUUCUGUCUUAGCCGCCAACAAACGCGGCCAAUUUUUGUACGACCUGCAAUCCUCUUAAUCAUGUCUCCUACAAUCGAGUUUAAAUCGUUGAUGGAUACCACAGGCCACGAGGGGGACCCAACUCCUGAGCCCCUGCAGAAUCCCACCGGAAACAACCUUCCAGUGAACCAAAUAUUAAAAAUAAAAGGACUCUCGCAUCCUUUUAUCCUCUUGCUUCCUGCCGCCCAACUCGUUUAGGAACCUUGCUGCUACUUUCCCGCGGGUGACCGGUGAGCUUUCACUUUCCUGGCCAGUCCGCCACGGUGGGGGGGCCUCGCCAAUACCCACCGUCGGCUUCGUCCAAGCGCCGCCCCUCGCGGCUGCUCAGUAGGCCUCAGAAAGAAACAAAAAACCAACCUGGUCACAAGCUUCCCUUCAAUCUGUGCCUUUCCAAAUGGCGAAGAGCAGCGCCCCCUCAGAAUUUUUUCUUCCGCCCUCCACCCGCCCCCGAAUAAUCAGUUCAGCGCCAAAGUUAGGCUGCACUUGCUGGGUCUAUCCCUCUCUAAACAAGGGCGCGAGGCGUGAGCAGUCCUUCAGCCCCCAGCCUGGAGCCAGGGAAGACUGGUGGUCUGACCCUCUGUUGUUCUCCACCACCCCCCUCCCCUCCCACCACCACCGUUCGGUGUUUUGCACUCCUGGUCCACGCCUCGUACCAAAGGGCGCGCGGCUUUCCCCGGCGAGAGCGGGCGCGGCUUCCCGGCCAGUCGAUGCCCGACGCCGAGGCCCGGGAGCGGAGGGGGUGCCAGUCCCGGCGCUGGAGAAGGAACGUUACUUUGUCGUCGGUGUGGGGUGGGUGGUUGGGGGGGAUGGUGGAAGGAAGCAGAGCUUAUGUGAUGCGGAGAGGUUCCGGCCGAACUUUUCUGGCGGGUUUUGGUUUUUUUUGCCCCUGGCGCUCCUCAAUCUUUCACCGCUCUCCCACCCAGCAACCCCAGAGCUGCUGCCGGAGCGUCGUCAGGAGCGAUGGCGAGGAGGGGGGCAUCCCUCCGAGCGGACCACCGAGUGCGCCAACAGUCCACACUGUGCCGUAUGAACAACUUACGAAUAAAUGCAAAAUCCUGUAGGCUGACCUGUUGUCACUUUCGAUUUUAUCUGCUUACGCACGUUGCAGGUGCUGCCCCCGGGGCCACAGAUUGGUGGCUGGUCGGUGGACCCUCCAGCUCUGCCCCGCCAAUGGGCUCCUGACCUUGUCGGGUACAAUUUAGAGGUCUGCGCGACAGUGCCUCGGCCCUCUGAGCUGACAGAGGAUGCUUGGCUGUUUCACUUGUGUCUACGGCCGUGAGGUUCGAUA